AUGACUUCGGUCACAAGGGCUGGGCAUUUAGCUCCUUACUUUAAGGCGACCUCAUCGGUGGUUUCCAAUGGCCUGAAGCCUCUGGUAGUGGCGCACACGCCAGCAGAGAAGGUGUUGGUGCACCCUUUGCCAAAAACCUCCACUGUCGAGUCUCUGCAUGGAUCCUUGCCUAUCCAGGGCUUGAAGGCUAGAGUCAAUGGUCGCGGACCAAGUCAUGUUCGUUUCGCGCAUACCGAUAUUCAGUAUCCCGACUUCUCGGCAUACCGCCGCAAGGAGACCCAGGAUCCGACCGCGAAGAGCGCUGAAAAUGUUGAUGGACGCCAGUCCUUCACGUAUCUCAUCGCUGGAGCCGGUGGUGUAGCUGGUGCAUACGCUGCCAAGUCGAUAGUGACACACUUUGUGUCAUCGAUGGCUGCCGCUGCCGACGUCUUGGCUUUGGCCAAGAUUGAGAUCAAGCUGUCUGAAAUCCCCGAGGGCAAGUCCGUUACCUUCAAGUGGCGUGGUAAGCCACUGUUCAUCCGUCACAGAACCGCAAACGAGAUUUCAACUGAGCAGGCGGUGCCCGUGGACACUCUGCGUGACCCUCAGCACGACAACCAGCGCACACAGGACCCCAAGUGGCUGGUAGUUAUCGGAGUAUGCACCCAUCUUGGUUGCGUACCCGUCGCUAACGCUGGAGACUUCGGUGGCUACUACUGUCCCUGCCACGGAUCCCACUACGACGCUUCAGGCCGUAUCCGCAAGGGACCCGCUCCCCUUAACCUCGAAGUCCCCCCACACAGCUUCGUCGACGAGAGCCUGCUAGUCGUAGGUUAA